AUGUCUAAUGCAACAAAACGAAAGGCAGAAAAUGAAAAAAUUCUGCAAAAGGAAGCAAAUACAUGCAAAAGGAUAACUUCAUUUUUCUCCAAAGCCGGUGUUCGGCUGUAUUCAAUGUUGAGAGGUAGCAAGCCACCUGCUACUGAGUUCCUUUCAACGUUCUGCGUCGUCUCGCCUCACAGCAUGACCGUAGAAAGGUCUGUGUCGACAUAUAACAUGCUCUUCUCUGAUCUAAGAACAUCAACCUCCGAUACAACAUUAAUUGGUCGACUAUUAAUUCACUGGAAUGGUGUUGCCACUGCACUUUACGAUCCACGGCCGGCUGUUCAGAAUUUCAUGCUUAGGAAGGACCAAAGAAUGAAAUUGCCAGUUACCAGCACAUAUACUGAAAGAGACUUUAUUAAGAAGUUUUUUGAAUAG